GCUGCCUGCGGAUCUUCAGCCCUGUUUGCGGUACCUAGCAGGGCCUUUCAAACCCCCUCGCUCUACCCACCCUAUUAAAUGGGAGGUAGCGGGUACUGACUGGCCAGACCAAAGGUUUAGCCUGGUGAAUUAGCACAGAUGCCCAUGAAGACUCAGAAACUCAGAAUUCCGUGGCAAAGCUUCACAAUGGAAAAUAAUCAAUGUAACGAUGAGGAUGCUAAGAAGAGUGUUUCAGAUGAGGAGGCAAGUGGAAAUGUAGUUCAGCAGAGGGCUCAGGAAGAACUUCUCUUUCAUGAGGAAACCAUUGAUCUUGGUGGAGAUGAAUCUGAGUCUGAAGGGAAUGAGACCAUCUCAGAGGAUUCCAAUAACUUCAUAGAUAAACUUAAUGAACACAUGAUGGAGAGUGUCAUUAUUUCUGAUUCUCCAAACAAUAGUGAAGAUGACACUGGUGAACUUGGUUGCCUGCAAGAGAUUGUGGAACAAAUGGAAGUCGAGGACAUUUGUACACCAGAAGAAGAAGUGAAUAAGGAAGAAGCCCUAGGUAAUGACAGUGAAACUGAAUAUGAAGAAACCCCUAAAGAUAUUUCUGAUAUUGGAACAGAUGAUCAGGCAUCUUUAAAGGAAGAGUUGAUUCAAGAAGCAGUGAAAGAUGAACCAAAAGUGGGAAAUGAAGCUCUCGGUGACUCAGCACCAAGUAAUAUUGAUGAAAGUAAAUCCGAGGAGCCAGUAUCAUCACCCCUUGCCAGAAAAUCCUCUCCUGAAGCUGAGCCUAUCCCUGUAUGCACUAUUUUUAGUCAAGCAAACAAUGUUAAUACUCAGCCACAGUUGUUCAUACAUGAUGGCUUUGAGCCUCAAAUGGUGAAGUCUCCUAGUUUUAGUAGUGUACAUGAGGUUCCGGUGAAGUCUCAUCCACAGGUGGUUCAACCAAGUCCUAGCUUAAGCACAUUUUUUGGUGACCCUGUUAACACUAAUAAUCUAGCUGCUGAGUUUUUUGAUUCAUUUACUACAUCUACUUUUAUUUCUGUCAGUAACCCUAAUGCGGGUUCUUCAGUCCCAGAACAAAUGUCAUCUGUCAAUACAGUUGGAGACAAUUCCAAUGACUCUGCUGACCCUACUUACUCUGUAGGAAAUGAGAGAUCUGAAGCAGGUGGUCCCCCUGCAUCUUUAGAAAUGACACAAUCUCCUAAACCAUUUUCACAGAUCCAAGCUGUUUUUGCUGGAAGUGAUGACCCAUUUGCCACAGCCUUGAAUAUGAGUGAAUUAGAUAGAAGAAAUGAUGCCUGGCUUCCCAGCGAGGAAACUAGAAAGGUUUUAAUUUCAGUAGCCACUCAGCAAUAUAGUACUCUCUUUAUAGACAAAGAGAAUCUCACCAUGCCUGGAUUAAAGUUUGACAACAUCCAGGGAGAUGCAGUAAAAGACUUAAUGAUCCGUUUCCUGGGUGAGCAAGCAGCAGUGAAGAGACAAGUUUUAAAUGCCAAUUCCGUAGAACAGUCUUUUGUAGGCUUGAAACAACUAAUUAACAGCAAAAACUGGAGAGCAGCAGUUGACCUGUGUGGACGACUUCUGACUGCCCAUGGUCAAGGCUAUGGCAAAAAUGGGCUACCUACUAAUCAUACAACAGAUUCUUUGCAGCUAUGGUUUGUGAGACUAGCACUGCUGGUGAAGUUGAAUCUUUUCCAAAAUGCAGAAGCGGAAUUUGAGCCAUUUGGAAACCUGGAUCAACCUGAUCUGUACUAUGAAUAUUAUCUUCAUGUAUACCCAGGACGCAAAGGUUCCAUGGUUCCCUUUUCCAUGCGGAUUUUACAUGCUGAACUUGAACAGUACCUAGGAAAUCCUCAGGAGUCACUUGAUAGACUGCACAGCAUGAAAACAAUCUGCACAAAGAUAUUAGAAAAUUUGGAGCAAGGCUUAGCAGAAGAUGGAAGUAUGACUAACAUUACACAAGAGAACAGACAAGCCUCUGUUGAGCUGUGGAGGUCACGUCUGGGCCGGGUGAUGUACUCCAUGGCAAACUGUCUGCUAAUGAUGAAGGACUAUGUGCUUGCUUGUAGAUGGCAUCACACCAGUCAUCUAAAUAUUACCCAGAACAGGAACCCUCAGCUGUUGAGUGGAAUUGGAAGGAUUUUCUUCAGAUUGGAGAUAUAAAAACCGCAGAAAAAUAUUUUCAAGAUGUUGAGAAAAUGAGUCAGAAAUGGGAUGGACUACAACACCAAAUUAUGGUUUUAAUGAACAGAGCAUUUCUCCAUCUUGGUCAAAAUAACUUUGCAGAAGCUCACAGAGCCUUCACAGAAAUUUUAACGAUUGACCCUGCAAAUGCUGUG